ACAGCAUUUUUCCUUACCAUGGCUGGAACAAAGGGACUUUUGAUGCUGGAAAACUUCAUAGGUGGAAAAUUUUUACCUUGUGAUUCCUACCUAGAUUCUUACGACCCAUCAACAGGGGAGGUGUACUGCAAAGUGCCUGAUAGUGGAAAAAAAGAGAUCGAGGCUGCGGUGGAGGCUGCCAGAGAGGCCUUUCCCAUCUGGUCAUCCUGGAGCCCCGAGGAGCGUGCUCAGGUCCUGAACCGGCUGGCUGACUUGCUGGAGCAGUCUCUGGAGGAGUUGGCCCAGGCAGAAUCAAAAGACCAAGGGAAAACCCUAAUGCUGGCAAGAACUAUGGACAUCCCUCGGGCUGUACAGAACUUCCGGUUCUUUGCUUCCUGCAUCCUGCACCACACAACUGAGUGCACACAAAUGGACCACCUGGGGUGUCUGCAUUACACGGUGCGGACACCCGUGGGAAUUGCGGGUCUGAUCAGCCCUUGGAAUUUGCCACUCUACUUGCUGACUUGGAAGAUAGCUCCAGCCAUUGCUGCUGGGAAUACUGUAAUAGCCAAGCCCAGCGAGCUAACAUCAGUGACUGCAUGGAUGUUGUGCAAAUUCUUGGAUAAAGCAGGUGUCCCACCAGGGGUGGUCAAUGUUGUGUUUGGAACAGGACCCAGGGUAGGUGAGGCCCUGGUGUCCCACCCAGAGGUGCCCUUGAUCUCCUUUACUGGGAGCCAGCCCACAGCUGAACGGAUCACACAGCUGAGUGCCCCCCACUGCAAAAAGCUAUCCCUGGAGCUGGGAGGCAAGAAUCCUGCCAUCAUCUUUGAGGAUGCCAACCUAGAGGAAUGUAUUCCAACAACCAUCAGAUCCAGCUUUGCUAAUCAGGGUGAAAUCUGCCUCUGCACCAGCAGGAUCUUUGUCCAGAGGAGCAUCUACAGUGAGUUUUUAAAGCGGUUUGUAGAAGCUACCAGAAAAUGGAAAGUCGGCAUUCCUUCUGAUCCAUCAGCCAGCAUGGGUGCUCUAAUCAGUAAAGCACAUUUGGAGAAAGUCAGAAGUUAUGUCAAGAAAGCUCGGGCUGAAGGGGCCCAAAUUCUGUGUGGUGAGGGAGUGGAUACAUUGGACCUUCCUCCCAGGAAUCAGGCAGGCUACUUCAUGCUUCCCACGGUGAUAACAGACAUUAAGGAUGAGUCCUGCUGCAUGAAGGAAGAGAUAUUUGGUCCGGUGACGUGUGUUGUCCCCUUUGAUAGUGAAGAGGAAGUGAUUAAAAGGGCCAACAAUGUUACAUAUGGGCUGGCAGCAACAGUGUGGUCAAGCAACGUGGCGCGCGUCCACAGGGUGGCUAAGAAACUGCAGUCAGGCUUGGUCUGGACCAACUGCUGGCUCAUCAGGGAGCUGAACCUGCCUUUCGGGGGGAUGAAGAGCUCUGGAGUAGGAAGAGAAGGAGCCAAGGACUCUCACGACUUCUUCACAGAAAUCAAAACCAUCACUGUUAAACACUGACCUUCACCAUGGAGAAGCUGCUAUGGCGGAUGCCUGGCAGCACGAUGGAAUUCCUGGCAUACAUUCCAGCCGUGUUUUGACGAGGCAGGAGGCUAGCUCUAGCUAUCCUCAGCAGUUAGUGUUUUAUCAACUGGUGGAGAGAUGCUGCCUAUCUUCAAUGUGGACU